CCGGGUCGCAAGCGCUUUCUCCUUCGAUCGAUCAUGGCGGCCGUGGGAGAGAUCGGCGGAUCCAAGAAGAGGAAGCGCGAGCCUUCAGCGGCGAAGGGAGGGGGGAAGCCCAAGUUGACGCAGCUUAAGAACGCUGCCUCCAAGCCGGCGAAUCUCAAAACGCAAGGCUUCAAGAAGCAGCCCAAGGCGUUCGAGUUAAAACCGGGAAAGCCUACGAAAUUCGGCGAUGAGACCGCUGUACAGGCGAAGAAGGAGCCUAAGACCCCAAGGGAGAGGCGCUUGGCUGCUAAGGAAAUGGCAGAAACAAGGAAGAAGAAGAGGAAACCAAAUUACAACCUUGAGAAAGAGCUUGCUUCAUUGUGGGAAAAAAUGAGAUGUUACAACGUUGGCAAACAGGCGAGAUCCGAGCUUGUAAGUGAAGCCUUACGUAAGAUGAAUGGGAAGUUUGUGGAGAUUGCAGGCUCUCAUGUUGCGGCACGUGUUCUUCAAACGUGUGUCAAAUAUUGUACACAAGAAGAAAGAGAUGCUGUUUUUGAGGCUCUUCGGCCUCAUCUUCUUGCUCUUUCACGGAAAAAGUAUGCAGUUCAUUUAGUAAAGAAACUUUUAGAUCAUGCUAGCAAAAAACAACUAGAAUGGUUCAUAUCCUCUCUACAUGGGCAUGUGACUUCUCUUCUGCGACAUUCAGUUGGAUCUGCAGUCAUUGACUAUGUAUUCCAUUUGGCAAAUGGAUCCCAAAAGCAAAUCCUUUUGAUGGAGAUGUACUCUACAGAGCUUCAAUUAUUUAAGGACCUGACCUUAACAAAUUCAGGCAGGCUGGUGGAUAUAAUUUCUAAACUUGGACUACAAAAAUCAUCUGUGUUGCAACACAUGAUGUCUGUGAUUCAGUCACUUUUGGAAAAAGGGAUUGUUGAUCAUUCCAUUAUACACAAGGCCCUCAUGGAGUUUUUCACAAUUGCUGAUAAGUCCUCUGCUGCAGACGUGAUUCAACAAUUAUUACCUCUUCUUGUGCGAGAGUCAGCUUCUGCAGAGGAGAGUCCUUAUUUCUCAGCUCCAGAGAUGCAGAAAAAGAGGAAAAUUAAAAACAAAAAUGUGAAAGAACCACUUCUUGCUCGGAUGAUUCGCACAAGAGAUGGUCUAAAGAUCUGUAUCCUCUGUGUCAAGCAUGCAAGCGCAAAGGAAAGAAAAAAGGUUAUUAAAGGCAUAAAGGGUCAUGUCAGAAAGCUUUCACUUGAUCAACUUGGGAGUCUUUUGCUAGUUUGUGUCCUUUCGGUAGUUGAUGAUACGAAGCUUGUAACAAAGAUUGUAAUACGGGAGAUGCAAACAAUGCUGAAGGAGCUGGUAUUGGAUAAGAAUGGAAGACGUACAGUACUGCAGCUACUUCAUCCACAAUGUUCACGCUAUUUUGCACCUGAGGAUUUGGCUUGUCUAAGUUUAUCUGUUCCUUCCCUUUCUGCACAGGCGGAAGAGACAGAGGACCCCAUGGAAGUUGGCUUGGAGCAAUGCCAAAAUGGGGAGGCUCCCAUGACAGAUAAUGAGAACAGUGAAGUUGGUAGGAAGAGUGUGCAGUUAGAUACCGUAGGCAAGAAGGAUUCAUUUCGCAGGAGAUGUGAAUUGAUGGUUGAGAGUGGGCUUGCUGAGGUAACACUUAAUAUUCUGCUUCAGACAUGCAAUAUUCUGGACCAUUUUUAUCUUGCGACUAUAUUUUGUUUUCUCAUUCUGUUUCCUCUGAUGCAGCUAGCUGUUGGUGGAAGUGACGGUAUCUUGCAAUCUUUUGCUGAUAGAAUGGAUGCCUUGCAUAAAGCAAUAGCUUCCCUGGCAGCCCUGCCCAAGACAAAUGAGUCACAAGAGGAGCAUGUUUUGGAGAACUUCCACUCCAGUAGGCUCAUCAGGAAGCUCAUCCUUGAUUGCCCUGGUUUCGCAGCCACUCUGUGGGAAAUGGCUUUGGAUGGGAAGUGCGACGUCUGGGCUCAAGGCCACAGUUGCAAGGUGCUUCUCGCAUUCCUGGAAUCAUCGAUUUCAGAGGUUAAAGACUUGGCAAAGCCUGAGCUUCAGCCUUUGAUGGAUCGUGGUGUUCUUAAAGCUCCUGAGAAUAGGUUGGUUGAAAAAGGAGUUUGAAACCUUCGUG